GUCAUGCUCCAUUUUCCCUAGUAACCCAGGGUGGAACAGGCAGUUAACGGGUGAGGCUGUAUUUCUAGCCACCUUGGUGAGCACCAGAAACAAAACUGACUGCUUGCCUUGGUCUGGGCUGUGGGGCUUCUAUGGGCUUCUAUGAUAGUUUGCAUUCCCCUUACUGCUGCCCUCCUGUGUAGUUUCCUUGCAAUCUUGAAGUCUGAUUGCCCAAAGGAAACUAUGCAGCAGUGUGUGUCAUAAGAGCAUUAACCCCCAGCUGUUGCUGUUCCCCAGGCUCCCCGCUGCUGCCUUGGCACCCCCUGAACCCCUCCUCUGCCUGGGGGGCCUGAGUCCUGCUGAUGCCUGCCACAGAGAUGCAAGACCUCCGUCGGUCCUACACUCGGCUGUGCAAAGAGAGUGGCGGGGAGCCCCAGGAGAGCAUCCUGCAGCACCUGGAGCAAGCAACGAGUAGGAACCGCUUGGAUUUUGCCACACACAGCCUUUCGGUGGACACCUGUGGUGCCCUGGGCAAGCUUUUGCAGGAUGAGCUCCAGUUCACAGAGAUAGCCUUGAGCGACUGCAUGCUGAGCGAAGAAGGAGCUAAGCUGUUACUCCAUGGUCUUUGUGCUAACUCUGUUGUGAAAUCUUUGGAUCUGAAGGGAAACAACCUUCGAGCUGUAGGAGCAGAGACUCUGGGGAAAUUGCUCCGGCAAAACAAGUCUAUCAAAAGUCUCACUUUGGAGUGGAACAACCUGGGUAUAUGGGAAGAAAGCUUUGCUGUGUUCUGCGAAGGCCUGGCAGCCAAUGGUCACCUCCAGCGCUUGGAUGUGCGCAAUAACCAGAUCAACCACCAGGGGGCAGGAGAGCUGGCCAUGGCUCUGAAAAGCAAUUCCACCCUGCAGGAGCUGGAUCUACGUUGGAAUAACAUUGGGCUACUGGGAGGCCGGGCACUCCUGAAUUGCCUGCAUAGCAACCGGGCACUACGACAACUGGAACUGGCCGGGAACAAUGUCCCCAGCGACAUUCUGAAGGCUGUGGAUCAAGCCAUGGAUCAUAACCAAGAACGUCAAAGUAUCCUCUACAAGAGUCGUAACAUGACGCAAGUGCUGAGCAAAGAGGUGUUGAGCUUGAAGGAAGAGAAAGCGAAACAGUUCCUGGGUCUGAUGGACACUAUUGACAAACAACGAGAGGAGAUAACUCGCAGCAGCAGGGUAUCAACAGCACGAGUUGGGCAGCUACAGGAGGCCCUGAAUGAGCGACAGUCUGUGAUGAACUCUUUAAAUGCAAAGCUCCAGAUGACUGAGGCGGCUUUGGCUCUGUCAGAGCAGAAGGUGUGCAACCUGGGAGAGUUGCUGAGCACAGCCAAGCAGGAGCAGGCGGAGCUGGUGGAAAAGCAGGCCAAGGAGUUGCAGCAACACAAGAAGGAUUCCGCUGAUCGAGAGGCAAAACUUCAGCAUGAACUUUCAACAGCCAGUGAGAAAAACCUCCUGCUCAGGAACGAGGUAACUGAGCUAGAAAGAAGAUGCAAAACACAGCAGGAGCAGCUGUUCCAGGUAAAGGAAGACCUAACCCACACAACAGCAGAAAUGAAACUUCGGGCUGUACAGGCUGAAGAGCGCCUGGAGAUGGAGAAGAGGAGGUUCAAGCAGGUCCUGGAGGAUGCAGAGGCUCUUCGGUUGAAGGAGGUAGACCAUAUGACACACCAUAUGGAGGCAAGUGAGCAUGCCCUGCAAGAACGAAUCCAGCGGCUGGAGGCCACUCGUAUAGGGCUAGAGGAGGAAUUGAGCCGAGUGAAAGCAACUGCCCUUGUAGAGCGGGGCCAAGUUGAGGAAGAGCUCAUCAAAGCCAAGAACCAAGCCAGAUUGGAAGAGCAACAGCGCUUGGAGCAUCUGGAGGAGAAGCUUAGGCUGAUGAUGCAGUCCCGUGAUGAGGCUCAGAAUUACUGUUUGCAGCAGAAACAAGCCGUGUCUGAGGCCCACGCGAAGGAGAGCCAGCUCAGCCUGCAGGUGGAAGGACUCAGAAGGCGGGUGGAAGAGCUUCAGCAGGAGCUGAGCAACAAAGAACAGGAGAAAGUAACGGAGGUCAACAAAGUGCGAGUGGAGCUGCAGGAGCAGAUUGGGCACCUGGAGGCCGAGAGGACAGCACAGGAGGGAAUGCGAGAGAAGAUUGCGGCCCUAGAGCGACAGAUGAAAGUGCUGUCCAGUAACCACCGGGAGGCGCUGCUGGACAAAGUGGGUGAAAUCUCAAGCUUGCAGGAGAAGCUGCGGGUUCGGGAGGCAGAGAUCUCAAGAAUGAGGGAGGAGGAAGCCCAGCGAGCCAGCUUUCUUCAGAAUGCUAUUAUGACCUAUGUCCAGGGUUCCCCCCUGAGCACAGGAGUCCCCAAAAACUGAGCAGGAAUCAUGAGAAAUCUUAAGGAACGGAAUCACAGAAUGCUAAUUGUAUCCAGGCUGCGGGGCCAUGUGAGCAUCAUGGAUUCUGACUCCCUUUUGACUCUGGGGAUCAUGCAAGAGCUACCUGGUGCUGUGCCUGAGACCUCACUAAAUUUGCUUUAAAAGCCAAUUCACUAUCGUGCACCAAAGCCUAAUCUUGUUUAAACCUGCAAACCAUGUUGCAAGCCCACAGGAGUAAAGCCAUCCCUUAAUUUUUGAAUUCACAAAAAGCCUGUUUGCCUAAGCCAUGAAGAUAAUGUUCACCUGACUUGCUCAGGUUUGAUUGUGUUUGGGGGGGGGGGGGAGGAUUCAGUCUGCUCAGCACUUUCAUUGUCUCAAUAGCAGUGUGUGAGUUGGCUUCUUAAAUGAUGUCACUAUUUCUCAUGCCCAGCCAUCCUGUUCCAGAGGGACUGUGUAAGAUGACAUAUGAAAUAAGUACCCUGCUUCCAACAUGUAAUUGCAAAGGCAACCGUAAGCCUCCAGGUGUUUUUGGCUAACGUCUUCCACCAGCCCUACCCAGAAUGGCUAUGGGAAUCACAAUCCAAAAGCAGAUUUUGGAGGGCUAGCAGUUGGCUGCCUUUGUUAUAAAAGGAUGAGGCUGCAAGGAAGAUCUGCUUGAUAUAUCAUGAUCCUAAACUACUAGGCCUUUUAGCAGAAUAAGCCAUUUGUCUUCCAUCCUCAGGAACAGCACUAUUGCUAAAGCUUUCCGAAAAGUGUCUUUAUAGCGAGCAUGCCUCUGCCAUGAGUGCAUUACCUCUUUGGCCUAAAAGCAGUUUCAGAUUGAGAGUCCCAUUAGGGGCUUCGGCCUAAUUCACCCAUGGAGCCUUCUCAGUCUUGGUAAUGAAAACAGUCACUGUACUUCCUCCCAUUGACAACAGAACAGCACCUUGUCCUAAGAGCUAGAUUGAACUACAAAUCAUCCUGAUUUUGCUGCCCUCUCUCCCUAGAAGCAUAAAAAUUACAUGCAUUAAGAAUUUAUUUCUUAACUCCAGCUUUGAAAUCAGUGUGAAAAUGUUUUUUUACUUUGCCUAAGUUCAAUGAUUAACUAACAUUUAUGCUUUAAAAGUGUAUUUAUGUGCAUAAGUGUAAAUAUGAAAUGUUUACCUAUAUUUGAUCCAGCAGUAUAUAAAAUGUCUAAUCUCUUCCAUUUAAAUUAAGAAAAUGAAACAUUGUGUGGCUAUCUAUUGUGUUGCCCUGACCUCCAUUUCUUAAUUUGGAGGAGGCAAAGCCCUGCUCCUAAGCUAUGGAUCACUGGUUUCCUCAAACAAAAGGGUGGAUGUAUUCUAGUAUGAUUAAAUACAGAUCUGAGGGAUAAUGAA